AUGAAAAGUGGACAAAAUGAAAAAAUAAUGGACUACUUGUCUUGUCCCUUAGAUGAUGUAGUUAACAGAGAGAAAAAAAGCGGAAGGAAUAGCUUUCUAAAUAUAAAUAAUUCCAGAAAAAAUAAUUAUAAAGCUAGCUUUUUUAAAAAAAAAGACCUAACACAAAGUAGUUCAGGUUAUCGAGGUAGAGGUGGAGGGGGUGGAAGAUCAAGAUUUACUAGUAGGCCUGGAAGUUUCAAAAAGCCGUUUUUUAGUAAUAGAUUAAUUAAUAAAAAAUUUAAUAAUUACAAAAAUAAGAAAUUGUACACAGGAGGAAGGGAUUAUUUUAAAAGUAGGCCAAGCAGUUAUAAUUCACAUUAUACGUAUGAUAAUCAUAAAAUUCCAUAUAAAAAUAAAAACUUUUUCAAUAGAAGAAACAUUAAUAAUAUUGUUAAAUCACCCGGAACUACAUAUAGGGGUAGUAGUAGUAGUAUAGCAAAAAUUAAACCAAGAAAAAUAUUUAAGAAAGCAGCUCCACCACCAAGAACUACGGUAAUUAGUAGCAAUUUAAACAGCUAUCAAAGUGUGCACGCGCCAAGACCUAGAUUUAACAAUUUAAAUAUAUCCCUAUAUCGUAAUAAGAGAGUCAUUACUGCAAAUAAUAAUAUCAUUAAGUCUACAACCAAUCCUUCCUUAAAAAGAAGUAAUGUCAGCACAGUGAACAAAAGUAAAGUUGUUAGAAAAGGAAUACAAAAAACUACUAUUAAAACGAAGACAAGAAAAGGUGUUACUGGAUCGAAAUUUAAGCCAUUAAAUAAAUACUUUUUGUCAAAAAUUAAAAUUGUUACUUCAUUAAAUAAAAUUCCAUCCCCUUUAAAAGAGCAAAAAGACACAGAGGUUAAUCUCCCUGAGUCUCUGAAUAAUCCGAGUGCAAGAAAAGAUUAA